AUGGAUGGGACUCAUGUCCAAUGUGUAGUGCCAGAUGACAUGUUUGUUCAGCACUUGUCCCGCAAGGGAAUCACUACACAAAAUGUCAUGGCUUGUUGUGACUUCGACAUGAGAUUCACCUUUGUGAAUGCUGGUUGGCCUGGAUCAGUUCAUGACAUGAGAGUGUUCAAUGACUCGACAACAACAUAUAGCGCUGUGUUCCCACAUCCACCUCAAGGGAAAUACUAUCUCGUGGACUCGGGCUAUGCGAACAAACAGGGGUACCUAGCUCCUUACAAAGGCAACAAGUACCAUCUGCAGGAGUUCCGGGACGGGCCGGAGCCACAAGAUAAGCACUUCCAUAGGUGUGACAAUAAUGAGAACUAUGUGCCGCGACAAGCGUAUGAGAAUCAGCCACCUCCUGAGGUUGUCGAAGAUGGUCCAAACCCGAUGGCUGCAUUCCGUGACUUGCUUGCUUAUGCUAUGGUAACUGGUUCGUAA